UCUCCCGUGGUUUGCGCGCUUUAGUCGCGCGAUCUCGUCCGGAGUGUCGGGGCGCUCCUUCGUCGCGCUCUCGCACCUGCGUCUCGAUCGAUCGAUCGAUCGAUCGGUCGGUCGGUCGGUCGGUCGGCCGACGGAGUCGAUCGACCGUGCCGCUCUGCGCCGCACGACGACGCCUCCGCGCGGCCACGAGUGCUCGCACGAGCCGCGCCGAAAGCUGACUUUCGCCGACGAGUCGACGAUCGCGAGAAAAUCGGCACCGCUUUCUUUUUUCUCUUCGCUGUAUUUACGGCAGAGUUUGAACUUGCUUGCUCGCGCGCGCGCGCGCGCUCCUCGUUGUCGACAUCGUUGUCCUCGCGAGAGGACGCGCCUUCCUUCCUUCCUUCCUUCCUUCCUUCCUUCCUUCCUUCGCGUCGACACGUGGGACGUCGAUCUCGGUUUAUCGCACGCGCGAGUGAGACGGAUAGCUUCGUAAGCUCGAAUCGAUCCGUAGUCGCGUGUGUGGAUGGAUACGACGAUCAGACGGAUCAGUUUUGGACGAUGCACGAGGUGAGUGACAAGAGCGAUGUCGUGGACUCGGGCUUGAGGAACUGCUCGAUUAGUCGCGUUCGAGAAAUCGCGAGGAUGACAAGCGUUCGAGCACGCUAAAAUGGAGCAUCCAGCGACGUCCCAGGUGGUUCUCUCGGACGAUAAUCGUUUUCUCUUGCUUUCGCCUGCGUGCCCGGAUAUGGAAUAACGAAAUAAUUGCUAAUCAACGGAGCGUGCUGAGAAAAAGGAGAAAAACUUCCCCCUAGACUAAAGGGGGGAAUCUGUCAAGGGGGAUAUAAGAUGGAUCUUUGACGUCGCCUGAAGCAGCGCAAAGAUCCAACACGCAGAGCUGUUACCUCACGCGACGACCAUUUCUUUUCGCGCGCGCGCGCGCGCGUGCGGAUGUUCUUGAGAGCGGAAAAAUCGAUGCGGCAUCGUGAGGCGGCGUGAAUCAGCGCCGAGGACCAGGCGAUCGAUCGCGCAGGAAGUGUGUGCGGGCUACCGUGAACGAGCAACGAAGAGUAGGUAACCGCGGCGCGAUGUCGUCGAGUGGUGAAUUUUCGACGUUGUCGAGCGGCGAGGCCACGGGAACCGGCGAGGACUCGUUGCCGAGCUCGAGGGAGGCGACCGCCGAGGCCGCGGGUUCCGCCGGCGGCUUCAUGCCGCUGCGCGAGUUCCUGGACAGAUUCUCACUGCCGAGGGUGGUCAGGGUCGAAGGUGCCGGCGGUAGGCCGAUAUUGCUGUACAAGCAACAGCAGAGAUCGCUCCGAGUCACGGCCACGCUGCUCAUGCAUCGUUACCGUCACGACGUCAAAGUGGGGCCGGAAAUAGUUAUCCCGGAAGGCUAUCCCGGCUGGUUCUCGGUGGUCUCCAGCAACAGCGGCACCGGAAACGCCAGGGUGUACAGAAGAGUCGGCGCGUUGGUGCGCGCCGGAGUGCCGGCGUUCUUGCUCGCCAAGCCGUUGAGAGCGUACACGCUGACGCAUUCCAAAAUGGAGAACGGCAACUUGCGAGCCCACUACACGAAGACGACGGUGCGCGCGGGCGAGGUCCUGCGGCUGACCGCGGUCUUCCAGGACACCCGUCGCGCUCCCGUCGCCGGCGGCGUGCCCGGAGCGGUCGGCGGGGUCCCGGAGGGCAAGUGCUCGAGGUCCUCGGAGAGGGAUCAGUACGCCCAAUGCUUGGACUCUCACGGACACGAGCUCUUCGCGCCGCUCUCGGCCAGAGGCGAGUUCUACGCGACCUGUCAGAGCGGCAGCCUCGACACCGGCAGCGACGCGGUGCUCUACAGGGUCCAUCAGCUCGCCAGGAGGGACCUUCCCCUGAGGGUGCGCUUAGUCGCCGGACCCCUGCCCAUACCGCUGCCGCGAGAUUACAGCGGCCUGAUGCAGCUGGAGAACGCCACGAGGGGACCUAUAGUGCUCGGUUGCGCGGUGCCGUUGAUGCCCGAGCGACCUUUACCCAACUCUACCGUACCGGAACUCUUGGAGCUCGUCGCUACCGGCCCGACCGCGCCCCGGGUGAAGCGAGCGCGACUGGGCUGCCCUUCCGAGGCGAGACUGCUCGCCUCGCCGAAGAUGCAGCGAUUGCUUUCGGCCUGCAGAAGAGCCCUAGAUCAGCGAGCCACCGAGCCGCGGGUCGCUCCGCCGAAACCCGCGACCAACAACAGCCAGCUGAAGGAGCUGCACCUGAAGGAGAUCAAAGCGAAGCCAGAGGCGAAGCCGAUCCUGCAGAGCCUGAAGGAGGGCUUGGAGCACAUCAAGCGAACGACGAUACGCGAGCGGGGCAACGGCCGCAGCGCCGGCAACAACCACAGCUUCCUCGAGCGGAUCUCGAGGAUAGCGCAGGGUGGCAAGAGCAGGAACCCGGCCAAAAAGUCGGCGUCUUUCACGUUCGCGGUCCGGCCGGAGAUCGGCAUGCGGUCGCCGGAGCGCUACGCCAGCCUGGAGUCCGACGCGAACCUCACCGGUCAGGCGUCGCCGUCGUCCAGGCAGCAGGUGCAGCGCUCCAUCUCGACGAGCGUGCUCGAGGUUCAGACGAGCGAUAGCCCGACAGACAUGGAUCCCCCGUACUCCAAGGUGAGAGACAGCCUGACGCCGUUGCCACCCACGCCGCCACCCAAGCCCGAAGAGAUCUACGCCGAAAUCUGCGAGCUGGGUAGCGGCGCCGGCAGCAGUCCGUCGUCGCGCGACUCUCCCGAGGAGAAGCCACCGGGCAAGUGCCAAGGCACCAGGGAGCGCGAUCGCGGUUACGUGAAGCUCGCGUUGUCCCAUUCGGAGGUGAUGUCCGACGUGUCGGCGAGUACCGGUGGCGGGGACGACGAGGAAGGCAUUUACAACACCGUGUGCUGAGGAACGCGCGCGCGCGCGCGCGCGCGUACGCCUCUUCCGCGCCGGGGAAUCGCCGCGCGAUCGACGGUAACUGGCCCCGGGGUCGACCGGAACAAAUGACGUGACGUGCGAGGGGUCGGGAGGUCGCGAGAGUUCCUCGACGUGGCCGCGGAUAUCGAUAAACACGCCUACAGGUGCGAGUGGUAUUGGCGGCGAGCGUUUGUCUUGCGAGCUCGAAUCGCUCGCGAGAAGGCGUCUCUCUCUCUCUCUCUCUCGCUCUCGCUCUCUCUCUCUCUCUCUCUCUCUCUCUUUCUCUCUCUCUCUCUCGCUCUCUCUCGUAUUCUCGCAAGCUUUCAUGCUUCCCGCAACGCGAUCGGACGGACGAACGUACGGACGGACGGACGGACGGACGGACGGACGGACGGACGGUCGAGCCGGUACUCGACGAGACUUCCUUUUUCAGCGGCAAAAAUCGCCGGGACGAAGAGAGACUGAGUUUCUUAUCGAUCGAGAACUCAUUUUACUUUCGUACACGCGCGUCAAAUUGAAAACUGUUCUCCCCAGUGGCCGUCGAUUCUCUCGGUCGUUCUAUUAUUAGGAAGGAGGGGGGAGGGGGGGAAGACACGAGCGCUUUCCGACGGGGUGAAGAAACGCGGAGAGACGGAAGCGAUAUGUAUUGAUCGCAUCCGUGAACGAACGAGCGAGUGAGCGAGUCGAUGAGAAUCGGGAUUUACGGCUCGCCAAGGAAAUUGCUCCGCGGCGGCGGCGGCGGCGGCGGCGGCGGCGGCGGCGGCGGCGGCGGUUUCUUUUGCCGCCGCGGGAGGAUCCGGGCGUCGAGGAGUCGCUGACGCGAACGCGGACGUCCACCAGCGGGAGGAUACCGUGGACCCGCGCUCGCGAGCGUGAGCGCGCGGGAUGAUUUACAAGGCUGUUGACCGAAGAAAAUGAUCCCGUAAUUACGGGCCCCAGUGUGUAUGCUGCUGCUGCUGCUGAUGCUGCUGCAGUAACAGCAGCAGUAGUAGCGGAUGUAGCGGGGCACGUCGGGGAUAGCACGCAGAGGCCGCAUCUCGCCGUGGCUUCCGUCAUUAGAGAAUCUGUCGUCUCGCGAGAGGCGUGUUAAUAGUAGCGGCCUCCGCGCGAUUACCUCGGCCACGGCCGCUGAGUGACAUUGAUGUCGGAAAAACGCGAGCGCGAAUUAGCUUCGCUCGGGAAGUAUCCGCCGCCGCGCCGGUCCGACAGACUCGUCGCCUGCGUCGUCGGCUGCGAGAGCGUACGCUCAUCGUGCGGACGGAUCAAUCGAUUUGACCUCGGGACGAAACGGACAUUUCUCUGUCGUUCGGGAGACGAUUCGUUCGCUGUUCGGACGAAACUCAAGUUCUCUUAUCUAGCCUAAGGCUCUUCGAUUAAUUGAUUUUCGGACGAGAGUGAGAUUUUUUUUCAUCAUCGGAAAGGCGUCUCCGUUACGGAAGAUAACGAUAUUCAAUUCGCGCUUAAUGUCCCCGGCAGCGCGGCUGCUCCUGGUGGGCUUCGGCUGGCCACGUAAUAAGACCGUCACAGCGGGAUGUUUAUAGCUUCGUCGCGUCGAUCACGAAUUUAUAUCGCGUUUUGUACGACAAACGAGACAGGGAUUUCCCAACCGCGAGCGGCGGCGGCGGCGACGGUACACGGCGGGGGCCACGUGGAGUCGUCGACGAGGGGAACGUGACACGGGUCAUUGAACGUCGCGAUCUAAACUUUCCGGACACGUCCGGAAGACGCGAGCCGGCCGGCGGAACGCGCGGUAAUCCGCCAGCGCGGUCGCCAGCGCGGUCGCCAGCGCGGAGAAAUCGACGGUAGAAUGUAAACGAGCCGGUCGGCGGCUUCCAGGAAGAGGAAAUUACGGGCGUCCUUCGAAGGUCUAGGUCUUCCUCCGGAUCGUUCGGCCACGGACGAGCGGUGGACGGCAGCGAGGAGUCUGAGCUGUCGGACCGCGGGGCGAUGCUCUGCGACGAUUAAUCCAUUAGCUCGUCAUGCUUCGCGGCGUUUGGCUGCCUUUUCGUGUACGAUGACCCCAAAGUUUCGCGCGCGCGCGCGCGCGCGCGCGUUCUUGCCCCACGAUUGCGUGACGCCUCGCGAUUGGCUGUUAAACGCGUGAUUACAAACCUCGCCGGUACGUAGCAGGUACUGCGGCUCGAAACGCUUCGAGGAAACCUCUCCUCGGCCUUUCUCCUUCGUCUUUCCUCGCCUCUGCUGCUCGCCGUCUCUCUCUUUCUCUCUCCUCUCCCCACCCUCUCUCUCUCUCUCUCUCUCUCUCGGUCUCUCGCAUGACGGUGCGCGCGUGUACUCGCUCGCUCACUCGGUCGAGCGAGGAUGAUGAAGAAAGGGCGUAAAAAUCGAGGGAAAGACAGCACCGAGAUGCGUCUAAUGGGAAAUACCCGCGGGAGGACGCGAGGGAACCGCGGGAGGAUCUCGCCGAGGAUCCUAACGGGCGUAAUUUUCUCUGAUCCGGCGUCCCUUCGACGCCCGGCUCGCUCGAAUCGCUCGCGUGCGCGUCCGCGCAUGCAAGGACGAUGUAAUAUUUGUGUAGGUUUUGUGUACAUUUGAAUGAUGUUGCAAAGUGGAAAUAAAGACGGAACGUUUCUACGACGAA